GAGACAGGGCAGCGCACCAGCACGAAUGCCAAGGCAAGUAGUGACAAUAAGAAAGCCAAAAAGGACACCAGUCGCAAACGUGCCACAACCGGGCCAAGUCGGUUCUUUUUGCCGCGCUCAACCAUGUCAGACUCAGACGACUCUGUGGACUACGAUCCCAAUCCCAUUCCCGGCUUUGAUUCCUUCACUGGUUUGCCCAAGAGAAUAAGUGGGCCCAAGAAAGUGACCCAAAACACAGUCGCAGGAACAGCCGCAGCAUCGGCUGCUGGGUUUCUAGUCAUGGGGCCAGUGGGUGCCGUCAUUGCUGGCGGAAGUGCAUUUACUGUUUUAAAGCGUCCUAAACUACACCAAACACCAUGGACACAUACGGGUGAUCUCAACUAUCGUGUGGCGUUGGACUAUCAUAUCCCUGAGGCCGUUGGGUGGAGCCACGAGAAGAAGUGGGCACACGUGACGCAGAUGGUCAAAGACGGCAAGUCCAAAGAACUGUUGGCGUACGACGAACUCAUCCACGAGCACGCCGCCAUGCGCGUCUUUGGCAAUUUCCAAGAAGGUGUGUGGGCCUCACUCAAACCCAAAACCUAA